AUGUGGAGACUAAGAAUUGGAGCUAAGGCCGGAAAUGAUACUCACUUGUUCACGACCAACAACUAUGUUGGGAGGCAGAUUUGGGAGUUUGAUGCCAACGCAGGCUCCCCUCAAGAACUUGCCGAGGUCGAGGAGGCUCGUCGGAAUUUCUCUAACAAUAGGUCACAUUACAAGGCCAGUGCUGAUCUCUUAUGGAGGAUGCAGUUUCUUAGGGAAAAAGGUUUUGAACAGAAGAUUCCACGUGUGAGAGUAGAGGAUGCAGCGAAAAUAAGGUAUGAAGAUGCAAAAACCGCAUUGAAAAGAGGAUUACAUUAUUUUACGGCCUUGCAGGCAGAUGAUGGACACUGGCCUGCAGAUAACUCUGGUCCAAAUUUCUUCAUCGCUCCUUUAGUUAUAUGCUUGUACAUUACUGGACAUCUGGAGAAAAUCUUUACAGUCGAGCAUCGUAUAGAGUUAAUACGUUACAUGUAUAACCAUCAGAACGAAGAUGGUGGGUGGGGAUUACAUGUAGAAAGCCCUAGUAUUAUGUUUUGUACAGUCAUCAACUACAUUUGUUUACGAAUCGUGGGAGUAGAAGCCGGUCAUGAUGAUGAUCAAGGAAGUACUUGUACAAAGGCUCGUAAGUGGAUACUCGACCACGGUGGUGCUACCUACACACCCUUGAUCGGAAAAGCUUGCCUAUCAGUUCUUGGAGUGUAUGAUUGGUCUGGCUGCAAACCUAUGCCGCCAGAGUUCUGGUUCCUUCCUUCUUCUUUUCCUAUUAAUGGAGGAACUCUAUGGAUUUAUUUACGGGAUAUUUUCAUGGGGUUGUCAUACUUGUAUGGUAAAAAAUUUGUUGCAACUCCAACACCUCUCAUCCUCCAGCUCCAAGAAGAGCUUUAUCCAGAGCCUUACACCAAAAUCAAUUGGAGGCUUACCAGAAACCGAUGUGCAAAGGAAGAUCUCUGUUAUCCAUCCUCAUUUUUACAAGAUUUGUUUUGGAAAGGUGUUCAUAUCUUCUCAGAGAGUAUUCUAAAUCGAUGGCCUUUCAACAAGCUCAUAAGACAAGCAGCUCUUCGAACCACUAUGAAACUCCUUCACUAUCAAGAUGAAGCCAAUAGAUACAUUACAGGCGGAUCAGUGCCAAAGGCCUUUCAUAUGCUUGCAUGUUGGGUAGAAGACCCAGAGGGUGAAUAUUUUAAAAAGCAUCUUGCUCGAGUCUCUGAUUUCAUAUGGAUUGGCGAGGAUGGCCUCAAAAUUCAGUCUUUUGGCAGCCAAUUGUGGGAUACAGUCAUGUCGCUACAUUUCCUGUUAGACGGUGUUGAGGAUGAUGUCGAUGAUGAAAUUAGAUCCACGCUCGUUAAAGGAUACGAUUACUUGAAGAAAUCUCAAGUUACAGAGAAUCCUCCUAGUGAUCACAUAAAAAUGUUCCGCCAUAUUUCGAAAGGUGGAUGGACGUUUUCGGACAAAGAUCAAGGAUGGCCUGUUUCAGACUGCACUGCUGAGAGUUUAAAAUGCUGUCUAUUAUUUGAGAGGAUGCCGUCGGAGUUUGUUGGCCAGAAAAUGGAUGUGGAGAAACUCUUUGAUGCCGUUGAUUUUCUUCUCUACUUGCAGAGUGAUAACGGAGGUAUAACAGCUUGGGAACCCGCGGAUGGGAAAACCUGGUUAGAGUGGUUUAGUCCGGUGGAAUUUGUUCAAGACACGGUCAUCGAGCAUGAGUAUGAUAUAUUUAUCACCUCUCUUUCAUCGAUCUAUUAUUGGUUUGGGUAAAAGUUAAACGGGUUUACAUUGUGAGAUAUCAUUUCAAUCUUUAGGUAUGUGGAAUGUACAGGGUCAGCCAUUGUAGCGUUGACUCAGUUUAGUAAACAAUUCCCGGAGUUUAGAAAGAAAGAGGUUGAAAGGUUUAUAACUAACGGAGUGAAAUACAUUGAGGAUUUGCAAAUGAAGGAUGGUUCAUGGUGCGGAAACUGGGGAGUGUGCUUUAUCUAUGGGACCUUAUUUGCCGUAAGAGGUCUUGUGGCUGCAGGAAAGACUUUCCAUAACUGUGAACCCAUUCGUCGAGCAGUUCGUUUCCUUCUCGACACGCAAAACCAGGAGGGUGGUUGGGGAGAGAGCUAUCUCUCUUGCCUAAGGAAGAAAUAUACUCCUUUAGCAGGAAACAAGACAAAUAUAGUGAGUACAGGACAAGCGCUUAUGGUUCUAAUUAUGGGUGGUCAGAUGGAGAGAGAUCCUUUGCCGGUUCAUCGUGCUGCCAAAGUAGUGAUCAAUUUACAGUUGGAUAACGGUGAUUUCCCGCAACAGGAAGUAAUGGGAGUAUUCAAUAUGAAUGUGCUGCUCCAUUAUCCAACAUAUAGGAACAUUUAUUCUCUUUGGGCCCUCACACUAUACACGCAAGCUCUACGGCGGCUUCAGCCUUGAGAAAAAUGCACGGUCAAUUCUACCUUCAACUCUUUAUAUAUCCAUAAUAAAAUAAAAGAGAGAUGUUCCAUUUCUCUGCGCAAGCAAACUAUGGUCAUUGAACAAUUACAUAUUGUGUCAAAUAAAUUAUGUAACUGAAUAUUGUAUCAAAGCGUUUAUUAAACUGUGCGGGGGAUUUUAUCUCAUUUUCUUUAUUUUUUUGAAAUAAUUUUAUCUCAUUUUAUCCCGA